AUCUAAGUAUGUAACAAAUAGUAUAAAACCGAUUGGAUCUACUGUAGAUUCGAAAAAAGUAGAAUUUUCUGCAAAAUUAAACAACAAAUGGUGAGAUCGGAAUGGUUAUUUAGCUCUUCUUCAUAUUAUGAAUAAUAUUAGAGUAAAGUUUAUACAAGAUGGUUUAGCUAAAGCAGGCUUUAUCAAAGAUGAUACAAAUUUACCUUUAGAAGGAAUAAAGAUUGUGGAUAUUGGUUGUGGUGGAGGAAUACUAUCUGAACCAUUAGCUAAAUUAGGAGCAGAAGUAACUGGAAUAGAUAAUUCAUUGGAAUUGAUAAAUAUUGCAAAGGAACAUGCCUCAUUAGAUUGUAAUUUAUCGGGAAAAUUGAAUUAUAUUCAAACUACCAUUGAAGAAUUUGAAAAAGAAAAUAAAGAGAAAUAUGAUGCAGUGGUAACUUCUGAAAUUUUAGAACAUGUAUUUAAUCAACAAUUAUUUAUUAAAUCGUGUUCAUCAAUUAUAAAACCUGGAGGAUCAUUGUUCGUUACUACCACAAAUAAAACUUUACAAUCUUGGUUGGCUGGAAUUGUGGCAGAAUAUAUAUUCAAUAUUUUAGCAAUUGGAACAAAUGAGUGGAACAAAUUUAUUUCGCCAGAAGAAAUUUAAUGUUUCUUAGAAACUUGUAAGAUACAGUAUAGAAUGAUAAAAUUAUUAUUUAGUUACAAAUUCUUGGUUGUAUUAUUUUAACAAAAUAUUUUCAUAUUAUCAUUAGGUGGUCUGAAGACAAAAAUAAUUCGUGAGAUGAUUUUUAAUUUAAUAAAAUAUGAAUAGUGUUGCUCAUCAAAUGUUUCAAUGGGCUAUGCACUUCAUGCAAUCAAACAGUAAUAAUCCAAAAUUGUUCGUAUAAUAAUGUUCAUUUGUUAUAA